CUGGAAACAAAUCGCAGAGCUGCAGCGCAAGCUUCGGAAACUCGACAAGCAACUCACACCGGCAAAGAGAUACUACGGCGCCGAGUCAACGGAGGUGAAGACCAAAAUCGACAGGAGGAGGAAGACGCACGAUGCGCUUAAGGGGUUGGAGUGGAGAAUGCAUGCGCUGAAGAAGUAAGUAUGCUGGAACGUUCUUCUUCUGGCAGUGCAUGCAUGGCCAUAACCCUAACCUCCCUCAACGCAACAUUCGACUCCGCCAUCCAGCCCUACGCCCGCACAUCCUGCCACGCCCUCAUCUCGCAUCUGCACCGCACAUGUCCGCGCGAGAUCCGCGAUCAGGUGUACGACUACCUCCUCGACGACGCAACAGUGCGCAGCAUCGGCGACCGCGUGCGCGCCCAGGCCGCAGAAAGCCGAGGAAAAAAGCGUGUAGAACGCGUCUUCGCGUCUGCAGCACCGCACUUCAUCGAUGCGGCAUUCGCGCCCGAAGCCGUGAUCGGCGAGAUCGUGUACAUGGCGGCUUGCAGGUACUCGAGCAAGGAGAAUGGGUGGUUGACGCUGAAGGAUCUGGAACGGUUUGUUAAUGGCCUAUGUGCCGAGGGGAGACAACUUCGUGAGGAGGCUGGUUGCAAGGUGGUCUCGACGACUGCAGCGCAUCUCGAUUCCAGUCCGCCGGCGUGGUGCUUUGAGGAUAGGGUUGGUUCGUGCGGGACUUCGCCGCUGGAAAGGGGACUUCUACUAGGCCGUGACCAAGCCAGUGCUUGACGAGCUACAGAGCGGGGAAUUCAAAGAGGUGCAAGGACAGUAGUAUUAGGGAUGUCCGGAGCAUUAUUGUCGUACGUGCGGAUGCAAGGACCGAGAAAGAGCCGGGUGCGAUGGACUAGUUGUUGAAGCAUUGACAUGCUAAGCAGGAGAUGGACAACCGCCAUAAAAACCCACCAUUCUGAA